AUGCUCCCGCCUCCGAUGCUUGUGAUGAUCCUCGUCAGUGAGAAGCCGCGGGAAAGGCGCCAACUCCUGUGCGCGCUCCCGCGUCACCACGUCGGCGAAGCUCGUCCAUCGUGGCGCGGUGGUGACGUGUUGGCGGCAGAGCGCGGCAGGGGGCGAUGGAGAAACGGAGAGAGUGGCAAAGGACGAUAGAGAGAGCGGCGGAGGCGCUGCAAUUUAUAGACGCACCGGACGCGGCGCGCCAAAUGUAGCGCGCGAGCGGCCGCCUUUUCCCGCGCGUGCUAGUUUCGCGCCACCGCUAAAGUGCGCGUAAACGUCCCGCACGCGCUAUAAAGCCAAUUUACCGCGCGCGCGUCUUUUGGCGCGGCUGUUGAAGAUGCUCUCACAUCAAAUCGCAGCAGGCAAUGGCGUCCACCUCGUCUCCACUACCGGCGUCUCCGCUGCUCAUGCUGCUGCCGGUGCCGCUCCUGCUCGCCAUGGCGCGUCCGUGCUCCGGCGUUGAUGCGAUCAGCACGUACUGCGCCAAGAACGGGACCAGCGCGCAGACGCAGGACAGCAUCGACCAGGUCCUCGCGGCACUCGUCCCGCGCGCCUCCGCCGCCUACUACGCCACGGCCACCGCCGGCCGCUCUUCGUCCGCGGUCUGGGGCCUCGCGCAGUGCCGUGGCGACGUCCCGCGUCAGGACUGCUCGCUCUGCCUCGCCGCGGCGGCGAAGAAGGUGGCGUCCUCCUGCCGCGGCAGCUCGGACGGUCGGGUCUUCUACGACUACUGCCUCCUCCGGUACUCCAGCUCCAACUUCCUCGGCCUCGCGGACACGGGGUACACGCUCAUCCUCCUCAACACCCAGAACGCCACCGGCGUCGACCUGGCCGCGUUCGACCAGGCGCAGGGGAAGCUCGUGUCCCGGGUCGCCUCCGAGGCCGGCGACACCGCCAACAAGGGGCUGGCGACGGACACGACGCGGGUGGGAGGCGGCGGCGGCGGAGCCAAGACGACCAUCUACGGGCUCGGUUGGUGCACCAGGGACAUCACGGUGGCAUACUGCGGGCUGUGUGUGGCGCAGGCGGUGGCGGAGCUGCCCAACUACUGCCGGUACCGGCGCGGGUGCCGCGUGAUCUACAGCACCUGCAUGGUGCGCUACGAGGUGUACCCCUUCUUCUUCCCACUCGGCGGCGCCGGCGCGUCGGCCGACGAGCUCGGACAGUGCGACAAGAUCGUCUUGAACGUGUGAUGGGUGGAGUAUAGUUAGUCAACCACAGCUACGUAGCACUCUAGCUCGUUGUGCGUACCUGGUGGUGGCGAAUAAAUUUGUUAGUGUAUGACUAGCUCGUAGCUAGCCCAGAAUCCAAGCGGGGUCCAAAUAAUUUUCGAUAAUUGCAAUAGAAAUGCAUCAGCCACGGGGCUACGCGAGUGAAAAAAAGCCUUGUGUUUGUUUGUGUACAUGUUUCCCUUUUCUUU